AAUACUUAAAAACAACCAAAUGUAGUACUAUGUAUAUAUGUUGAAUUGAAUUGAACUGAGAUAUUCUUACAAGUAAUAGAUGCAUUAGCUAACAUGAACAAACCAUAAACAAUGCAGUAUUUUAACUUGUUAACAUUUAUGUGUUUGGCAGACGGAACGAUGGUUCAGUUUUGCCCGAUCUGCUUUAAAUCAUAUGCACAGCUGAGCCAGCAUCUACGUGUUUACCACAAAGUGGUCAACGUGAAGGAGAGAAAGCUUCUACUGGCCCUGGAAUCAGGCAGGGUGAAGUACAGAGAGGGCAAGUGCUCCGUGCCUGGAUGCGACAAGGUCACCACCCGGCUGGACCGGCACAUCCAGACACACUCUGAACUUUCUAAGAGGGCAAAGAAGGAUGCGAUCAAGAGGUGCAAGAAAGAAGUUAUUUUGAAAGAGCUGUCCGAGCUGAGAGCCUCCAACCCCGCGGUCCCCAUGGCCUCGAGGCUCGACCUCGUUGAGUUGGAGGACGAGCCGAUUCCUCUGGAGCCCGAGGAAGAGGAGGUGCAGUGCCCAAAACAACUCUGCCGGCGUGCCAGGGAGGAGGUGGCUAGCCUAAACCAGCAGGUCGACACCCUGACGACAGCCUUGCGCGACGUAACUCGCCGGUACAGGUCGUUGAAGCGAAGGUUUAGGCCCUCCUCCUCUGCCCAGCUGACCAGUGUAACCAAGAAGCUGCUGUCCGCCCUGGACGAGCCCCAGGAAGGGCAAGACACGCCAAGGGAAACCCCUCAGCAGACCCCUCAGGAGACCACUCUUAAAUGUCCCUCCCCUGAGCCGAGCACCUCCCAGAAGGCAUCGGAGCACUUGCCCCAGUACCCCGAGCACGUGGCGGCCCUGAACGAGCUGCUGGAGGAGUACAAGAGACACCAAGAGGGGUCCGACCCGUCCGCGAAGCUCCUUAAUAACGUCGCGUCAAAGAUAUACAGGAUCAAAAAUUUCAUUGGCUACAUGGCCGACGGGAAGACCAACCUCUCCAGCUUCCUCUUCUUAGACGACACGCAGCGUGUGAGGUCCUGGGUGAACUUCCUGAGGCGGGCCAAGAUAACGGAGACCACCAUCCAACACUAUGUCAAAAAUGCGGCGCAGUUUGUCGAUUACCUAGGCCAAACACCCCCGCAGACCAGCCGCCUUUCCAAGAAGGCCUUGGUGUCCGUACAAAGGGAAAUACGCACAGCAAUCAAAUCCAUGAGAAGGAAAGUGGUGGUCCACCAGGUCGCCGUGAAAACGGCCAAAGAAGGGCGCCUGAUCCCCAAGGCGGAGCUCCUCAAGUGCCGUUCCAAGGCGAGGGCGGCGAUUCCAGAAAUCUUGGCCCGCCUCAGAGAGACAAUCAGCUCCAAAGACCAGUGGAGCUUUUACGGGCACAUGACUGCCUACCUCGCGUCCAUCUUCGGCCACCGAGGGGGCGUAUAUCAGAAUAUGACGAUAGAGGAGGUGGAGGGUGCCCGCAAAAGCUCCACAGAGGACUCCUUCCUGAUUAACAUAGCAACGCACAAGACCAACCAGCAGUUUGGGGCGGCACAAAUGUCCUUGACGGGGGAGGAGUACGGCUGGAUGGUGGAUUUCCUCAGCAUGAGGUCGUUGCUGACGGGCGGCGAGGAGGCGAAGUAUUUCUUCUUCACCUCCAAGCCGAACUUUUGCCGUAACCUCAACGCGUAUUUUCAAGAGGCCUGGAGCAGCAUGGGGUUGACCGGAACUCCGACCUUUACUGACAUCCGGACCUCCAUCGCCACCCACGCAAAAUACUCCCACACGGCAGAUGACCGCCACAAAGUGGCACAGUUCAUGUGCCACGACACCGUAACAGCUGACCGGUUUUACGCCCUUAACCUGGAUGUCAGCCAGGCCACAGAUCACCGGCGCCUUUUUGACAUGCUGCUCCAGGGACCUGAAUCCUCCCCCGUCAAGAAGACCCCCACCAAGAAGAGGAAGGCGAGUAAGGGCUCCCCUGUGAAGUCGAAAGUCAAAAAGCGCAAGGCUGACACGGAGGGCAGCGAUGAGGAGGCCCCAGAGGAGGAACCGACCGAGGACCCGCAACCAGGCACCUCAGUAAAGUCCGAGCCGAGGACCUCCUCGUCAAAGCUUUCCCGGAGGGUGGUCAUACAGCUGUCUCCCUUAAACUUGAGCCCCUUUAAGGGUUCCCCAAAGUUGCAUAAAGCGGCCUCGCUUAUUUCAAAAGCCAAAAAAACCCUCCUUAAAACCACAAAGAGCCACCAACAGUAGUGUAUAUAGUUAAUUUCUUAUGUAAAUAGUUGUUGUGUUGUAGUGUUGUUAUGUGUGAAUCGUGUUUGAGUGUUCCUGUUAAAAUGAAUGUUCUUUUCGUGUCAAGUUCAAUUGUAGUUAAAUUAUGUUCUAAACUGUUUUGAUGCUUG